AGAAAAGAGGAGAGGGAGACGGUCAAGAGAGAGAAACGAGGGGAGGUCCCGUGGUCCGUACGAAGGCCCUCUGAGCAGAGGUCGGGUUGGCAACUUCUCGCCCUCUCCUUUUUGGUGCGUCGCGUCGCGUCGUCAUCGUCCUUGCCCGCUUCCUCUCUCUCUCUCUCUCUCACCCUUUUCCGGUUUCGGUGUCUCGUCCUCACUCACUCACCCUACCCAAGAAGAGUCAGAAGCGACAGAGAAAAGGGAGUUGUGGGUAGGCGCCUAUACAGUACUUGAAGUCUGUGGCUGGUGGGUGGUCGCUGGGUCGGCAGAGUGAUGCCCGUUAUUGAAGGAACGGCCGCCGCCGCUUGCCAUCGUCGUCGUCGUCGUGGUCGGGUGAAAGAGGAGCUGCAGCAGGAGGAAGUGAAACGAGCGGGGCGGUGGGGGUGAAGCUGGUGUGGUUCCUGCUGUAAUCUCCUGUACUGAUGUUCAGGAGCAGCAAUAACAUUGCUGCAAGAAUCUUCCACCGUCAGAUCGCCACGCCCUCGCCCGGCACUAGCGUCCAUUGUGCCAGGCAAUUCUAUGAAAAUCUGGUUCCAAGUUUUACCAUUUAUGAGGUUGACUGCCCGGACAUUUGUUUCCGUAAGUUCACUGAUGAUGGCUUAUACCUGGUAAGUUUCAGUCGGAAUCAGCAAGACUUGAUUGUUUAUAGGCCAACGUGGCCAUCAUUUUCAUGCAAGGAAGAGGACUGUCAUUCGCAUGAUCUACCUCCAAAAGUUAAAAAGUUCGAGAGCUUCUUCACGCAUCUUUAUAGCUUACAACUUGCUUCCAGCAAUGAACUUAUCUGCAAGGACUUCUUUCUCUACAUGGAGAACAACCGAUUUGGUUUAUUUGCUACUUCAACGGCUCAAAACCAUGAUGCACCUGCUGCUGAAGGAGCGAUUAGUGGCAUCCCAUCUAUUGGGAAGAUAACAUUUUAUCUUGUGAGACUGGAGGAUGGAGUGAUAAUGGAUGAGAGGGUCUUCCAUAAUGAUUUCGUGAACUUGGGCCACAGCAAUGGGGUCUUUCUGUAUGAUGAUUUGCUAGCUAUAGUUUCAAUCCGUUACCAGACAAUAUACAUUCUUCAGAUUCGGGACUGUGGAACCCUUGUGGAUGUACGAGCUAUCGGGUCAUUCUGUCGAGAAGAUGAUGAGCUUUUCCUCAGUUCCCAUGCUCAGGGUCUGGUGGCAUUUGAUAAAGGUAAAAAGGAGGAGGCCUCCAAUAUUCAAAAUGAGAAUGGCUUGCAGCAUCUUCAACCAACACAAGGGGGGCCUUUCUUGAGUGGUAUCAAACAGCGCUUGCUUUCCUUUAUUUUUCGCGGAAUAUGGAAUGAAGAAACAGAUCAUACUCUGAGGGUUCAAUACCUGAAGAAGAAGUUUUACUUUCAUUUUCAAGAUUAUGUUGACUUAAUCAUGUGGAAGGUGCAGUUCUUAGAUCGCCAUCACUUGCUGAUCAAGUUUGGCAGUGUAGAUGGGGGGGUUUCAAGAAAUGCGGAACAUCAUCCUGCAUUCUUUGCGGUGUAUAACAUGGAAACAACUGAGAUAAUUGCAUUUUACCAGCAAAACUCUGCAGAGGAACUUUACUAUUUAUUUGAAAAAUAUGCUGAUCACUUUCGUGCCAACUCAAGAAGUUCGAUGCACACAAAUUUUGUAUCAUCUCACUCCAAUAACGUUUAUGCAUUUGAUCAACUGAACAACAUGAAGGGCAAAGCAAGUGGUUCUUCACAGUUUGUGAAGAGGAUGCUAUCUUCAUUGCCGUUCAGUUGCCAGUCACAAAGUCCUUCAGCCUACUUUGAUCAUUCUCUGUUUCGCUACGAUGAGAAGUUAAUUUCAGCAACAGACCGUCCUAGACAAUCGACUGAACAUCCUAUCAAAUUUAUCUUGAGGAGGCCUCCAUGCUCACUCAGAUUCAAAAUAAAGACAGGUCCAGAGGCUGGCACCGGAGAUGUUCGACCAAAGAGGAUCUGUUCAUUCUUGUUCCAUCCAAUCUUGCCCUUGAUUAUCUCAGUUCAGCAAACUUACAUGCAGCCAACUGUUGUGAAUAUCCAUUUUCGCAGAAACAAGAAUGUCGAUAAUGAACAAUUCAUGUACCAAGGGGUUUGCGAUCCCCAUCGAGGGCUUCUUUUCUCAGCCAGGAGUACCCCAGCUUUUGGCCUUGUGGUGUUAAACUUUCUCCGUGGGCUUUGAUUGUGUUUACUUACAUUCAGUUUCAUACAAUCUUUUUUCUUUCUAA